CACAUGUCUUGUCUGAGGCCGUCAGGUCGUCCUCUAUCCUCAGCAACUGGGUAAUGGAGUGAACCGUAAAGUUACCCCAUUUAUGCAUGUCUGAGGUUUAUUUCGCAUUAUUACUUGGAAAUGACUGCCAGAGGUACCCCGAGUCGCUUCCUGCAAAGUGUUCUCCGGAACGGCGUGGGGCGGUACGUUUGUCAGCUGAAGCGCAUCUCCCUCAUAUUCUCAACGAAGGGACAGAGUUCUCUGGGGGCCAGGGAAUUCGUUGAAGAGGGAAUAGUGGAUUUCGCCAAAAACAACCCAGGGACAGUGGUCUACGUCUCUCCCGAGUCCUGCAGAAUUCCCAAAAUCGUCGCAGAAUACUUGAAUGGUUCCGUGAGGGAGGAGGUCAUCACCAGCAAGUCUGCACAGGAGAUUGCAGCCCUGGUGAAGAAGCUGUCCGAGCAGUCGGGCCUGGACAUCAUCCGCAUCCGCAAGCCCUUCCACACCGACAGCCCCAGCAUCCAGGGCCAGUGGCACCCCUUCACCAACCGGCCCCCCUCCAUUGGGCCGGUCAAGCCCCACUGAGUGGCCGCAGGGAGCUCCCCGCACGUGGCACAGGCUGACGAUACAACAGUGAGUGAUGUCACUGCCAGCCGGUACCAGUGGCAUCUGUUACAUCAUCAAACUGCGACACAUGCUGGGAGCUCCCUGCAUGUGAUGCAGGAUGAUGAUGAUGCAACAGUGAUUGAUGUCACUGCCAGCUGGUAACAAUGAUGUUGCUGCCUGGCGGCACCAGUGGUGUAUGUGACAUCAUCAGCUUGCGACACAUGCUGGGAGCUCCAUCAGCUGCUGCGCUGCAUAGGAUGAAGUGGGGUGGUUGGGGUUUUAGAGUGCCCAAUCAGCUACGCUCAACGACUAAAUAACAUGCUUGAGGCGAGCUGGGAGUGUGAAACACCGCCUUCAUCUACUUCACCGCAAGGCUUGAAAAUGCCACGGAGACUUCUAUCUGAGCUCGACGCACAGAAACACCACUGUCUCAGAAUCGGUUAAGUGUGUUUUUGAUGUGUUUCGCAGCAGCGGAAGCCUGGUGGGUGGGUCUUUUGCAGUGUGACAGGCUCCUUAAUGUGAUGAUGUCAGAUCGGGGGGUUGCACACACACACACACACACACACACACACGCGCACACACACACACGCUCACGCACGUCCCGUCCGCUCUGCGUUUCCACCCAUCUGCGCAUUAUGUAAUGUGUGUUUCUCCUCUGUCUGGCGGAAUAAACUGGUUUAAUGUUGUGAUUAACUGAGAGUCCCCGAGCGGUGCACGUGUGAAUGAGUGUUUCUGUUACUGCUCCUGGGAAACGCUGUGUUCUUUCCCCUACUGAACGAUGCGCAUCACCGACUCGACCAGUCAUGCGCUUGCUUUCUGGAUCCACACCAACAGGAAGUGCGCUUGGGGGAGUUGUUUAUCUGCCGGGCGAGCGUCACGCCAGAUUUCAUCUGACGUCACAUCUCUGGGGUGGUUUUUCAGAUCCCUCAGUCUUUGUUGCGUAAAUAAUGGCAAAUGCACACCUGGUCACACAGGAUACCUCACACAGUAUGCUAGUGGCAUACUGCCGUAACCGCCUCCACCAUGCUCAGUCCUUAGCGACGUCAUUGGGAUCAAUAUUACAGUGGACCACGCUUCAGAUCAAAGCUCGCAUUGCUUUCUGCUGGAGCGGGUGGCAUCUGAACACUGAAGCGUUGUUUUCGAACCCCAUUGUGUUCUCUCAUGUUGUAUGUAGCACUCGGUGUUCCACAGCUUUUGUGGCAAAGACGACGUUACAGGUGAACGUGCAGCCAUAUCGGUGGAAAUAUCUGGAGUGUUCCCACCCCAAC